AUGGAGAAAUCGACGACAAUUCUCAUAGUCGGCACUGGAACAUUUGGUCUGUCGACAGCAUGGCACUUAGCUCGGGCCGGGUACACAAACAUACGCUGUCUGGAUCGAUGGCCGGUGCCCUCGCCGUCCUCUGCUGGCUACGAUCUAAACAAAAUUGUUCGUACAGAGUACGUUGAUCCAAUAUACACUCGGCUCGCCCACGAGGCCUUCCAUCUGUGGCAGGAGCCCCUUUUCAAAGAUGUGUUCCAUCACACAGGAUGGAUAUGGGGCACCGACGGCACCACUGAGCUCGGUCGAGUUCAGGCAUACGAUCGUUCUUGUCAAAACACAAAGCUCCAUGGAGAUUCAUCCAAGGUCAUUGAACUUCCAGAUUGGUCUACUGCAGUUGAGAAAUUCCCAUUCCUAGGUUACGAUCGCCGACAUCACGAACGCAAACAAGAUUUUCGAGCCAUCUUCAACAAAAAUGCCGGCUGGGUGGAUUCUGUCGAGGCUAUGAGAGUACUGUAUCGCGAGUGCUGCAAACUCGGUGUCAAUUUCGUUCAUGGGAAGCCAGGCACUGUCGUGAGCUUGAAGAGAAGAGAGCCGUCCACCGCAGUCUGUGGAGUCGAGGCCGAGGAUGGAACGAUCUGGUACGCCGACAAAAUCGUCCUCACUGUUGGGGCGUAUAGCGAUACGCUUUUAGAUUUCAAGUCGCAAUUACAGGCUACUGCAUAUGUGGUCACACAUGUUCGACUGACACCAGAGCAAUACGAGCGAUACAAGGACAUGCCUGUGAUCGACAUCUCCAGAAGAGGCUAUUGCUUUCCACCAAAGAAGGAUCGAAUCAUGAAGAUUUGCAACACUGACUUCUCGUACAUUAAUAUCAAGGAUACAAAACGCCCUUGGGGUCAUCACUCCAUUCCUCGAGACGGAGCCUACCAUCCGACUGACACGCAGCCAUGGGAAGCGCAGCAAAAGACCAUUGAGUUUACUCGCUGGAUUUUAUCUGAGCUCACAGAAGCAGAGAUCGAGUCUUCCAGAUUAUGCUGGGAUAUGGAAACUUUCGACUACAACUGGUUGAUCGGCUAUCAUCCAGACUCACCCGAGUCAUUGAUGAUCGCAACAGGAGGAUCUGGACAUUCAUUUAAGAACAUGCCCAAUGUCGGAAAGUACAUUGUCCAGGCAAUGGAGGGGAAAUUGGAUCAAGAGCUGUCGGAGCUGUGGAAAUGGCGACCAGAUCGCAUUGGGAAAUUUCCAGAGCUCGAAGAACGAGCAAGGAGACCGAAGCUGCAUCUCAAGGACGCAAAGGGCUGGAAACAUGAUUCGAGGUUGUAG